AUGAUUGAAGCUGCCGCAGUCUUUAUUCGAGCAGGCAGGACCGCCAGGAAACACCUAGGAACGGAACUGGACUCUACGGUCUACGUGGGAGAAUUGGAAGGGGCCCGAAUGGCCCUAGAUCGGUCGAAACCUAUCCCGAUCACGAUUUUCUCAGACAGCCAGGCAGCUAUUCAAGCCGUGCGCAACCCUGGCCGGCCAUCGGGCCAGUACGCAUUGUGGGCUAUCUACGAGAGGAUCAGGACUCUGCAGAGCAAGGGCCUAGAGGAUGCUGAACUACGUUGGAUCUCCGUUCACAUCGGGGUAGAGGGAAACGAAAGGGCGGAUAAGGCAGCCAAGGAGACUGCGAUAAAAGGAGUUAAAUUAAAUUCAGCGAUCCGCUACGUUACCGAAUUUAUACAACAAACAGGCCUCCUUCAACAAUUCCAAUUCGCUCGAUUGGACGAAGAGGACAACGAGGAGGCUCCAGAACCUACCAACCUGCUAGAAGGACUCGAGCUAGGCGAGGAAGACGAUAGUUACAUGGAACCUUAG